AUUAUAAUUCCAAGCAAUAAAUGCUGUCAUAAUAUGUUAUUCAAGCAAGUCAAACUGUCGAAAUCAUGAUAUAUAAAACGACAACAAACUGGAAUAUUUACUACAGGCUACAACUAGAAGGUAUGAAUAUUGUUUAUAGCGUAUUGACUGAGACGGUAUCAAUAUUGACUCAUUUAGCAAAUAUUGAUAUAAUCUCCAAAGCAAGUUCUAUGACUAUGGCUUUGUAUGAGAGGAGAAUAAUUUCUCCUUUGUCUUUAAUAUUUAUAUUGUGCUAUCAAUAGUUUCCAGACAACCCUAAAUAUGCAUGUUGCUGAAUUCCCUGAAUACAUUCAGGAUGUAUGUUUCUCAUAAUUUUUUCUGUGUUGAUGUCAUGUACUCAGGUUGUCGUACUCACCUACACUGGGCUAGUAUUCCAAAGGUCGUAGGUUCGAUUCCCACCAUGGCCAGGCAUAUUUUUUUAAGCUUGCCCUGUGUGGAUAUAUAGUCAGAGUAACAUCACAAACAUUAUGUUUCUCAUAUUUAUACCUGAGCAAUUCCAAGCUCAAAAAUUAUGGUGUACCCCUGAUUGCCCUGAAAAAAUAUCUGGAUAGUUAGAUUAUUUUAAAUACUAUCCACUAUCUGCCGAGAGGGGGAAUAGGGCCCUAACUUUAGAUUGAGAGCCUAAAAUUGGUCCUUUAAAUUGGUUAGAGCAUUCUUUAAAUUGAGGGCCCCUUGCAGUAGCUCCACAUGGCCAGGCAUAUUUUUUAAAGCUUGCCCUGUGUGGAUAUAUACUCAGAGUAACAUCACAAACAUUAUGUUUCUCAUAUUUAUACCUGAGGAAUUCCAAGCUCAAAAAUUAUGGUGUACCCCUGAUUGCCCUGAAAAAAUAUCCCAAUAUGCUGAGUACUAUACAGACCCUAAUAUGGUAUAAUAGUAAACGAGUGAUGUUCACAUACCGUAAAAACAAUCACUUUCAAAAGAAAUCCAUCAGGCGCAGAACACGAAUAUAUGAAUAUGCCCCCCCCCCCGCAUUUUUGGUCUAGCUACGGCCCUGGUCAAGUUGUGUGUUUAUAUGGAACUGAGGCAGACCAGAUACCAUCUGGAGUUCAUUGUAGUGUUGUGCCAACUACCAAGAAGAAUUCAUGAUCCAUGUUUACUUGAGACUUUUCAGGCAGGUCAGCUCAAAGCAACUGUCUUUAUUGUUAAAUAAGAGCUGUUUACAUUGCCCUCUGAAAAUGUACUACCGUACGGAACAGAUAAAAUGGCAUUCUUACUGAAUGUACCUGUGCUUGGACAAAGGUUUGAAAUGCUAUGUACGGUACCGGAUAUCAUAUCCAGGUUCAGGGCUGCCGAGAGAAUUUGUUGGGCCCGGGGCAAAUCUUCUUUGGGGGCCUCAUGACUAGACCUUAACUAGAUUGCAUGUGGAGCUACUGUAAGGGGCCCUCAAUUUAAAGAAUGCUCUAACCAAUUUAAAGGACCUAUUCAAUUUUAGGCUCUCAAUCUCAAGUUAGGGCCCUAUUCCCCCUCUCGGCAGAUAGUGGAUAGUAAAAUAAUCUUACUAUCCAGUAUUUUGGAAGAAACCAGGUUUGACCUUUGAGAUUUGUGAGCAAGGCUUUGGCAAUACCCUUGUUUAGAGUCACUUUGCUAUGAUUUCACAUAUCUUUUGAAGUCAAAGUAUCAUAAACACCCUCACUUUAUAACCAAUUAAAAAGCUCUUUGCUAUGAUUUCACAUAUCUUUUGAAGUCAAAGUAUUAUAAACACCCUCACUUUAUAACCAAUUAAAAUAAUUAUUUAUCUUUAAAAAUGAAAGUCUAAACCUUAUAUUAUAUCAACAGUAUUUGACCGGAUAUCUUUCAACUAUACGUAAUAGCUGAAAUCUGGCUGGAUUGCAAAAAGUUUUAUCUGGUGAUUCAGAAUAUUAUUGUAACUUGAUCAAUGUUGGAAAUUUGUGGUUGAAAAACCAGGAGAAAUGUAUUCCCCGGAGAAACACCCCACUAUUGCCUCAUCUUAAAAAGAAGUUAGAAUUUUGAACAAUUUUUAUCAUAGCUUUAGAAUGAAAUUAUUAGCUAGAGAAUGAAAUUAUUUAAUAAUAAUUAAUAUACAUUAGGGAUGCACCGCUUAAAGCAUUUUGCCAUCCAGCUGAAGACCAGAUAUGCUGAAUAGUUGGAAAAUAUCCUACCAGGUUCUCCGGCCACAUACUGGAUAUAGAGUGAUUAUAAAAUAUAUGUAGGAUAUUUAAAAUGGGAUAUAGACUGCCUAUAAAGUGAUGUUGUUUAUAUAGAGAAUACUACAUGGGGGCGCCAGAAAUACCAGAUUUAUUUCGAGUGUUGAACAUGAUAUCUCACGAGUGAGCGCAGUGAACAAGUGAGAUAUGUUCAACACAAGAAAUAAAUCUGGUAUUUCCAAGCACCCAUGUAUUUUUCUGUUUAUUAUAUAAAGGACAGUUUUUGAAAAGCGAUAAUGUUUACAGAAAAGCGAUAAUUGAAAAGUGAUAAUUUUCACAUGUGAGAUUAUCAUGAAUAAUCUCACAUGUGUGAUUGUCACUUUUAUCAGUGCAAAUCUCUAUAAAGCACUAUACUUUUUAUAAUAAAAUACAGUAUAUUGAUUUGAAAUGAUAGGAAAGAACUUCACAAUCAAUUAAACUUAAAAUGUCUAAUAUACUAUGUUUAUUAUUUACUGUGACUGAAAAUGUUACUGCCAGAAAAGUUUAUGCUCUUCUGGUUAAUUGUUUAACCAGUCUCUCUGCCAAUGCGCCCUGUUAAAUUGUAGCAUGCCCCUAAAAAAGUGUGACCUAUUGAUAGUUUAGCCAAACUUUCUGCCUUUUUAGAAUCUCAAAUAUUUACUCUGAUACGUCACCAACAAAAGUACUAUUAGAUUGAGUUUGUUUUAUCUAUAAGUUGUUUGAUAAACACAUAAAAGGUGCAGUGCACUCUUCAUAAUAUUCUGUAAUGCAAAAUAAUUAUUUUUUCAAGGGAACGUGUUGGCCAUGCAUUAAUGUUUAACGAAGGACAGUUACAGCAAAACAUUUGUCGAUUGUGUGCGCUGCUAUAUAGUGACGUGUCCUCAUUUUUGACUGUGUCAAAGUGCCAUUCAGCAAAGACUAUUGGUUUUCAAAUCACCUGUACUGGUAACAUGAACUUUAAUUUGGAUUGUGCAUGAGUCUGUGACUGAUGUAAACUGUUAAAAUGAUUCUAUUGAAUCAAAACAUGUAUAUAUAGACUAUAGUUUUAAACUCUAAAAAUAAUUAUAGUUUAAAUUUGUAAUAAAUUUAUUUUUAACUGUUACUACAUUGGUAUAAUAUAAUUACAUUACAUUGAACACUAGAAAGUAAGCUUUACACUGCAAGCAUAUUUAAACCUUGGGAAGUGUAAGUUUACUUUCGAGGUGUACCUUUAAACAAACACCAAAUUGGUGUCCCCACAGAGGCAAGCGGAUUUACACCAAAGCAGCGUUAAAUAACCUAGGACAGUGUAAGUUUACCCUCUCAGUGUAAAUAAACACCAAAUUGGUGUCCCCACAGAGGCAAACGGAUUUACACCAAAGCAGUGUUAAGUAACCUAGGAUAGUGUAAAUUUACUCUCUCAGUGUAAACAAACACCAAAUUGGUGUCCCCACAGAGGCAAGCGGAUUUACACCAAAGCAGCGUUAAAUAACCUAGGAUAGUGUAAGUUUACCCUCUCAGCGUAAAUAAACACCAAAUUGGUGUCCCCACAGAGGCAAGCGGAUUUACACCAAAGCAGCGUCAAAUAACCUAGGAUGGUGCAAAUUAACACCAAAUCAGCGUAAAUAAACACCAAAUUGGUGUCCCCACAGAGGCAAGCGGAUUUACACCAAAGCAGCGUCAAAUAACCUAGGAUGGUGCAAAUUAACACCAAAUGGGUGUUCAUACAGACACAACUAUUUACACUGAAGAGGUGUAAACUAACACUAAAAUCAGUGUUAACUGACACCUUUUCGGUGUCCCCACAGAGGCAAGAAUUUACACCGAUUUUGGUGUUGUGGCAACACUCCCAGAUUUACAGUGAAUUAUAAGCUAUAAAUAUUGCGAGACAAGUUGCACGAAGCCAUGUUACACGCUGCAAUGCUAAAAAUAAUUAGUGCAAUCGUUGCCAAAAGUAGAACCGACUUCUAUUCUGUGCAAUGCUUCAUGCAACUUGUCUCGCAAAGAUUUUGACCAUUGCAAGGCAUGUUAAACGGUGCAAUGUCUCGUGCAACUUGUCUCGCAACGCCAUUGCGAGACAAGUUGCAUAUAAAAUUGCACCGUGUAACAGGGCCUUAAGACUAUGUUAUGUGUUUAAUUUUGACAUGUGUUGAGUUACCCUAGCUGAGAGCAGAGCCUGAUUAAGUAUAUUUAAGUGUUAAGUACAUUUAAAGUAAUGAUUUCGUUGUAGAUUUCACAAUAAAAUGUUGCGCUAAAAUGUUUCUGAAAAUCAUUUCAGAAUGUAAUAAAAAGUUUUAAAAAACCGACGACGUUUCGACGUUAACACACGUCAUUAUCAAGUAAAUAAAAUAAGAAUUAAGAGUUCUAUACAGGGUGUCUCAAAAAACCGCUACCCUUAGAAAUUCACCAUUGUUCUAAUUUGAAUGCCUGAACCUUGUUGAAGCCAUGAAUGCGUAAACAUUUUCACAGAAUGCAUAUAUUAAAGAUCUUCGGAAUUAAAAUAUCCUUGAAAAGCGAAAUUGUUUAUCCUGGGAAUUGAAAGUAGGUUCAUACAAAAGUAUAACUGCACGAAAAACAACGUUUUGUUUGACUUACGUAUUUUUGUUGCGUUUAAAUCAAUCAGUCAUAUGCUGAACAAAACCAGAAACUUUUCAAUAACUUCUCAAGCAUAAAAUUCCAUUCAUGAGUUCAAGAUAGCACUCAGGCAUUCAAAUUAGAACAAUGGUGAAUUUCCAAGGGUAGCGGUUUUUUUGAGAUACCCUGUAUAUAGGGUGUAUAAAAAAAAAGGAGACCUUUAGAAAUCAAGCAUCUUGUUAAAAUUUGAAUACCUUUUCAAUUGCAAUAUGCUGAACCGUGGUGCGUGAAAUAUUGAUGAGUGCAUAUAUUAGAAAAAGGAGACCUUUAGAAAUCAACCAUUGUUAUAAUUUGAAUCCUGGAGCACUUUGCUAAGCCCACGAGUGCGUAACAUGCGAUCUACGUACAGUAUGGAUGGCAGAUUGUUCUCAGGAGCAGACAAUCUUUUGUUUAAACGUUAUUUCAAUUUCUAAAGGUCUCCUUUUUCUAAUAUAUGCACCCCAUCAAUAUUUCACGCACUACGGUUCAGCAUGUGUAUAUUUAUACACCCUGUAUACUAAAUUAAAACAAUGUCAUUAAUAAAAUUCAAAGUCAAAAAAGAGUUUUGCUCUAAUUGAGUCGCUCUGGGUAUUCAAACCAGGGGCAAGUUUCUUGAUAAAGCGCAUUUCAUUAAUGAGACAGUCAAAUUUCCCUUGACACUUCCGCAAAACGCAAAAUUGGCUUUCAUCUAACAAGUUCUUAUCUCCGUGACUGUCCGAAAGGUGCUUUCCAAUCGCCGAAAAUUUGUGUUCAGCAAUGCGUUGAUGAAGAUGUCGGGUUGUAUACCCAACAUAUAUGCAUAGUCUGCAUCACACAGACUACAUUUGAAUAAGUAAACAAUGCAUUGCUUAUUAACAAUCGAUGGCUUCGUUUCCUUGAGUUUCAUGUCCUGCUCAAGCUUUCGGCUUAUGAAACAGGCUGUAUUGAAAGACCAAUCUUAUUGCUGAGAUCACGCAUUUGCUUCCGUACUGUAUCUGCUGCUCUCUGCUCUUUAUAUGGAAGACUAAUUCUGAUUGUAGCAGUCUCAUUGACUUGAUUUAAAUUUACUGUGUUUGUCGACAACUUACUUGCAACACUUCGUAUGGUCGAAUUAAUGAGUCCGAUGGAAUAGUCGAGCCGACAAAAGAUUGAACGCAACCGGGCACAUUCCUCGUUAAAGAUUUCAAUAGUAGAUGAAAUAAC